AUGGACAAGAAGAAUUGCCCUCCAUCGCCAUCGCCAUCGCCAAGGUCGACUGAGAAGUCUGGAAGAGAAUUGAGAUCCGGGGAGGCCAAUGGCAGCACAAACAGCAAUAGUAACACCAUCUCAAAAGGUGACAAGGAGAAAGGAGUCAAUGUGCAAGUCAUUCUAAGAUGCAGGCCCUUGAGUGAUGAAGAAACAAAGUCGAAUACUCCUGUGGUUAUUUCGUGCAAUGAGCGUCGCCGGGAAGUUGCCGCCACUCAAAUUAUUGCCAAUAAGCAGAUUGAUCGUACAUUUGCAUUCGAUAAGGUUUUUGGCCCAUCAUCCAGGCAGAAAGAUUUGUUUGAACAAUCCAUCUCGCCGAUAGUAAAUGAGGUCCUUGAAGGUUAUAAUUGCACUAUUUUCGCUUAUGGGCAAACUGGUACCGGAAAAACUUACACAAUGGAGGGGGGUGGGACUAGAAAGACCAAGAAUGGUGAACUUCCAACUGAUGCUGGUGUUAUCCCAAGGGCUGUAAGGCAAAUCUUUGACAUUCUCGAGUCUCAGUGCGCAGAGUAUAGCAUGAAAGUCACCUUUCUUGAGCUUUACAAUGAAGAAAUCACUGAUCUGUUGGCACCUGAAGAACCAAAAUUCCCUGUUCCUGAAGACAAGACGAAAAAACCUAUUGCCCUUAUGGAAGAUGGAAAAGGGUUUGUUUUUGUGAGAGGACUUGAAGAAGAAGUCGUGUACUCAGCUGGCGAAAUCUACAAGAUUCUUGACAAGGGUUCUGCAAAGAGGCGUACUGCAGAAACAUUGCUGAACAAGCAAAGUAGUAGGUCACACUCUAUAUUCUCAAUCACAAUCCACAUUAAGGAACUCACUCAUGAGGGUGAGGAGAUGAUCAAAAUUGGGAAGCUUAAUCUUGUCGAUCUAGCUGGUUCAGAAAAUAUAUCACGCUCAGGUGCUAGAGAUGGCAGAGCGAGAGAGGCUGGAGAGAUCAACAAGAGUUUGCUCACGCUUGGUCGUGUUAUUAAUGCUCUAGUAGAGCACUCUGGACAUGUCCCAUACAGAGAUAGUAAACUCACAAGGUUGCUGAGAGAUUCAUUGGGAGGGAAAACAAAGACUUGCAUUAUUGCUACAAUAUCACCUUCAGUAUAUUGCUUGGAAGAGACAUUGAGCACACUUGAUUAUGCACACCGUGCAAAAAAUAUCAAGAACAAGCCAGAGGUAAAUCAAAGGAUGAUGAAGUCUGCUGUGAUUAAGGACUUGUACUAUGAAAUUGACCGCCUCAAACAAGAGGUGUUUGCUGCAAGAGAGAAGAAUGGUAUCUAUAUUCCAAGAGAGCGCUACCUCCAAGAAGAAGCUGAGAAAAAGGCCAUGACAGAGAAAAUUGAACGACUGGGAGCUGAUCUGGAGGCUAGGGAUAAGCAAUUGGUUGAACUAAAAGAGCUUUAUGAUGCUGAACAACGUCUGAGUGCAGAGUUGGGUGAAAAACUUGGAAAAACUCAGAAAGAUCUGGAGGACACCAAGAGUGCUCUGCAUGAUCUAGAAGAAAAAUACAAUGAAGCAAAGUCUACUAUUAAAGAAAAGGAAUAUGUCAUAUUUAACCUUCUGAAAUCAGAAAAGUCACUAGUGGAUUGUGCAUAUAAGCUUCGUGCGGAGUUAGAAAAUGCAGCAGCAGAUGUUUCUGGGCUAUUCUCCAAAAUAGAGCGCAAAGACAGGAUAGAAGAUGGGAACAGGUCGAUAGUGCAGAGGUUUAGAUCUCAACUGGCCCAUCAGCUGGACGCCUUGCAUAAAACUGUAUCCAGUUCCGUCAUGCAACAGGAGGACCACCUUAAUGAAAUGGAACAUGAUAUGCAAUCCUUUGUGUCUUCAAAAGAUGAGGCUGCACAAGGGCUAAGAGAGAGUGUACAAAAGCUCAAAGUCUUGCAUGGUUCCGCUAUCACUGCUUUGGAUGAUUUGGCAGGUGAAAUUGACAUGAAUUCGCGGACAACAUUUGAGAGAUUAAAUUCACAAAUACAAUCACAUACAUCAGCCCUUGAGAAAUGUUUUGGAGGAAUUGCUUCGGAAGCAGAUAACUUGUUAAAUGAGCUUCAGUGCAGCCUAUCGAAACAAGAAGAGAGACUAGCCCAUUUUGCAAAGAAGCAGAGGGAGGGACACCUGAGAGCUGUGGAAGCAUCACGGUCCAUCUCAAAGAUCACUGCUGGUUUCUUCCACUCGCUAGAUGUUCAUGCAUCUAAGCUCACCAGUAUUUUGGAAGACACACAAAACGUGCAAGAUCAACAACUUGUUGACCUUGAAAAGAAAUUUGAGGAGUGUGCAGCUAAUGAAGAAAAACAGCUUCUAGAGAAGGUGGCGGAGAUGCUUGCAAGUUCCAAUGCACGGAAGAAGAAGCUGGUCCAAACAGCAGUAGGUAGCCUUCGAGAGAGCGCUGUAAACAGAACAAGUCACCUGCAGAAAGAAAUUUCGAUGGCCCAGGACUUGACCUCAUCCGUGCGGGAAAAGUGGGGCUUUUAUAUGGAAGAAACCGAGAAGAAUUAUAUCGAGGAUACCACUGCAGUUGACAGUGGAAGGUCUUGCUUGGCCGAAGUGCUUGUAGAAUGCAAGGCGAAGACUACCAUGGGUGCACAACAAUGGAAGAAUGCGGAGGAUUCUCUAUUCAGCCUUGGCAAAGGAAAUGUGGAAUCUGUAGAUUCUAUAGUCAGGACCGGAACAGAGGCCAACCAAGUACUGCGUUCCAAAUUGUCAUCUGCGGCAUCGUCAACUCUUGAAGAUAUAGAUGUUGCAAACAAGGCUCUCCUUUCUUCAGUUGACAGCUCGCUGAAGCUUGACCAUGACGCAUGUGCAAACAUUGGUGCGAUUCUUACGCCGUGCCAUGGGGAAAUGAGGGAGCUGAAGGGGGAGCAUCACCACAAGGUUGUGGAGAUCAGUCAAAACGCUGGGAAAUGCCUUGAGGAAGAGUAUCUGGUGGAUGAACCGUCGUGUUCGACGGCAAGGAGAAGGCAGAUCGACCUGCCAAGUGUGGAGUCAAUAGAGGAGCUGCGAACGCCAGACUACGACGAGCUUCUCAAGUCGUUCCGGGAGUCGAGGGGGAGCUGGAAGCAGGCAAAUGGAGACACAAGAUAUUUGUCAGAGGCGGCUCAGGAACAAACAGUCAUUGAUUCAAGAAUUCCUCUCAUAGGAAGAAAUUAG